UGCCAUUCUGCAUCUGCUGUGUAGUGUGUACCUGCUACUUCGAUGUUCAUCGUUGUUGACUAUUGUUGUGAAUAAUUGUUUGUCGUUUGGUCUUUAUUGGAUAGCAUAUUAAUUAUUGUCCAGAGUAUACAACUAUUCUAGUUUAACGCCGGCAGGAACGUUAACUAAAAGUGCAAACUAUUCAAGAGCCGCGUAUUAUUCUCAAUUCUUUGAUCACACGUUGAAGAUUUUUAAACAAGUCUAUACCUGUGUUUACAAAGCUCUAUAAUCAUGUCGAACGAUAUUGGAAAAGCUAGCAAUAAACUGUUUGUAAAAAAGCGCGAUGGACGAUUGGAAGAAGUAAUGAUGGACAAGAUUACAAUGCGAAUUGAACAGUUAUGUGACGGGCUCAAUAUGGACUUUAUUGAUCCGCCUGAAAUUACAUUACAUGUCAUUGGUGAUAUAUGCCCAGGUAUAAGUACUGUACAAAUUGAUAAUUUAGCUGCUGAAACGGCUGCUUACUUAACUACAAAACAUCCUGAUUUUGCUGUGCUUGCUGCACGUAUUGCAAUAUCUAAUCUUUAUAAAGAAACAAAAAACAAUUUCAGCGAUGUAAUUUAUGAUUUGUAUAAUAUGUCAAAUGAACAAAAUCAAAGACGCAUGAAAAUUAUUUCUGAUUUACAUUAUGGUAUUGUAAUGAAACACGCGGACCGUUUAAAUAAUGCUAUUAAACAUGAUAGAGAUUAUACUUACAGUUAUUUUGGAUUCAAAACACUUGAAAAGUCAUAUUUGUUAAAAAUUAAUGGUAAAGUUGUGGAACGUCCUCAACAUUUGUUAAUGAGGGUUUCAAUUGGAAUUCAUGGUGAAGAUAUUGAUGCGGCUAUUGAAACAUAUGAUUUAAUGUCAUCAAAGUAUUUUACUCAUGCUUCACCAACAAUGUUCAAUGCUGCUACACCUAGACCUCAACUCUCAAGUUGUUUUUUGGUUGCUAAUAAAUCAGAUUCAUUAGAAGAUUUUGGUAAAACAGUUAAAACAUGUGCCAAAAUUUCUCAAUCUUCUGGUGGUAUAGGUAUAAACUUACACAAUAUUAGUGCGGCUGGUACAACAUGGACUAAAUAUCCAAAACAUGAAUCGCAUGGUCUCGUGGAACCGUUAAAAGUCCUUAAUGAUUUGGCUCAAUAUGUUGAUCAAGGUGGAAAGAGACCUGGGGCAGUUGCUGUUUAUAUUGAACCUUGGCACGCUGAUGUAUAUACUUAUACGGAGUUACGUAAAAAUACUGGUAAUAAAGAAGAAAAAACUAGAGAUUUAUUUUUAGCUCUUUGGAUACCUGAUGAAUUUAUGAGACGCGUUGAGGCUGACCAGUCUUGGAGCUUAAUGUGUCCACGUAAAUGCCCAGGUCUCUCAGAUGUCUGGGGUGAUGAUUUUGUGAAACUUUACAAAAAGUAUGAAGAUGAAAAACGUUACAAUAGACAGGUACCAGCAAGGAAAUUAUGGUUCCGUAUAAUAACUUCCCAAAUUGAAACUGGUAUGCCAUAUGUACUCUAUAAAGAUGCUUGCAAUGCCAAAAGCAAUCAAAAAAAUCUUGGUACAAUUAAAUGUAGUAAUCUUUGUACUGAAAUAAUUCAAUACACUUCACCAGAAGAGGUAGCAGUAUGUAAUCUAGCUUCUAUUGCAGUAAAUAUGUUUGUAAAACCUAAUGGAGAAUAUGAUUUUGAAAAGCUUUUAAAAAUUACUAAAAUUGUCACUAAAAAUUUGAAUAGAGUUAUAGAUGUCAACUUUUAUCCCGUCAAAGAAGCUGAAACUUCAAAUAAACGACAUCGCCCUAUUGGAAUUGGUAUACAAGGUUUAGCAGAUUUAUUUUUAUUGAUGCGUUAUCCUUUUGGCUCUCCUGAAUCACGAAAGCUAAAUUUACAGAUAUUUGAGACUUUGUAUUAUGGUGCAUUAGAAGCUAGUUGUGAAUUAGCUGAAGAGUAUGGAACUUAUUCAUCUUAUCAAGGAUCACCGAUUAGUCAAGGAAUUUUGCAGUAUGAUAUGUGGAAUGUAAAGCCCACUGACUUAUGGAACUGGGAUAUUUUAAAAGAAAAAAUUGCUAAACAUGGAGUUCGAAAUUCGUUAUUAUUAGCACCAAUGCCUACUGCUUCAACAGCACAAAUUCUUGGCAAUAAUGAAUCUAUAGAACCAUAUACAACUAAUUUAUAUUAUAGACGUACUCUUAGUGGAGAAUUUAGUGUGAUUAAUCGUCAUUUAUUAAACGAUUUAAUUAAACUUAACCUAUGGAAUGAGGAUAUGAGAAAUGAAUUGAUUUAUUACAAAGGAUCAGUACAGAAAAUAGACCGUAUUCCCAAUGACAUUAAAGAAUUAUAUAAAACAAAUUGGGAACUAUCACAAAAAAUCAUAUUAGAUAUGGCUGCAGAUCGAGCAGCAUACAUUGAUCAAUCCCAGUCAUUAAAUAUUCACAUUGAAAAACCAUCUAUUGGUAAAAUAUCAUCUGUACAUUUCUACGGAUGGAAAAAAGGCUUAAAAACUGGUAUGUACUAUUUACGCACCAGACCAGCUGCUGAUCCUAUCCAGUUUACAGUUAUUAAAAGUACAUUAUCUAAUAAUAGUGUUGCAAUUCAAACUGAAAAAAAUGAUGCACUAAAUAUGCAACAAUUGGUAUGUUCUCUAGAGAACAAAGAUGCAUGUACUAUGUGUGGAGCUUAGUUUAAUGUAUUUGUUUAGUCUGUAAAUUAUGGAUGCAUCUAAUAGUUUUAUGUUAAUCAUGUAUUUUUAUUGUAAUUCUCUUUUGAACUUUAUUUCAAGUAUUAACUUUAAUUUUUUAUUUGACAUUAACUAAUUUUUAUCUAUGCUAAAUAGGUAA